AUGAAAACCUUACCAAUCAGUGGCCAAUUAGAAAACGCGGAAGCUGUGAGAAGAUUACCACCCUCUCUAAUGUUGUCCAUAUUGUGUGGUGAAUCCAGAAUGCUUUCUCAUAAUAUUACUCUAUUUCCAUAUUUGUUUAACCAAGAAUUGGUUGUUGAAACAAAACAAGCUUAUCCAACAAGUCCAAUCAAUAUUUUACUAGCAGGACAAGUAGGAUCUGGAAAAUCAACGUUGAUCAACUCAAUGUUCACAUGUGUGAACAAGGAUAUGGUAUAUGUGGCAGGUGUGAUGCGAAAAACGUCGCAUGCAACAGUUACUACCUCUCGUUUCCACUUGUACGGUUAUAACUCUUACAGGCAAGAUAUUGAGCCGCUCAACAUUGCUUUCACUGACACUGUUGGGGUGAGUUCCAUAAAUUAUAAUGAGGACGAGUCUAUUGAAUUCUUGUUGAAAGGAGGCAUCCCAGACAUUAUGAAGGAACAGGAAAAAGCAGAACUGGAGAGGGAAAUUAUGCUCGCUGACCAAAAUAUUACAUUCUGGCAACAGGUAUUCGAAAAGAUGUCAGAAGAAGCUUUAAAACCAAACAACAACAGAGGGGACUUUAAAGAAUCCAAUAAGCUGGAAGUUCUCAACUUUAAUAUUGCAGCUGAAAUGAAGCGAAUUGAAGGCCUUAAAAAACAGCUUGAACAAAUCGAACUUUACUUGAAAAAGGAGAGAGAAAAGCAACUUCCCACUUUGAAUACUUUGCAGAAACGCGUUCAUGCCAUUAUUUUUUUGGUCACCCAUUCACCCAUGCAACCUGAUUCAGACACACCAUUGCGAAAGAAUUUGGUACGAUUUAUUGAGCGAGCGGUCUCAUUGGGUUACGUUCCUGUUGUUGGAGUUACCAACUUGCUUUAUAGCGAUGUAAAUAAGGUGAGAAACGAAGUGGCUAACGGGUUAGGAGUUUCAAGCAACAAUGUGUUUGAGGUGAAGGCCAAUCUAGAAGAAAAAGAAAAACAAUUUGAAGUCGAUAAGCGCAUCUUUGAGAUCUUGUUAACUGCAGUGCAAAGAGGAAAGCAGUACAUUCAAAAAGAAAGGAUAAGACUUGCAAAAGAUGAAUUGUAG